UCACCUUUGGUGAAGUAAUGGCAAAGUCACCAGAGACAGGGCAUCCAGUGGAGGUCUUUGGGUGGGCCGCAAGAGACUCAUCUGGGCAUCUCUCUCCAUUCAAGUUUUCCAGAAGGGCGAAUGGUGAGCGUGAUGUGCAGUUCAAGGUGUUGUACUGUGGAAUCUGUCACUCGGAUCUUCAUUUCAUCAAGAAUGAUUGGGGCUUUACUUUGUAUCCUACUGUACCGGGUCAUGAAAUUGUGGGUGUGGUAACCAAGGUUGGCAGCAAGGUGGAGAAAGUUAAGGUUGGUGAUAAAGUAGGCAUGGGUGCCCUAGGCGCAUCAUGUCGCAACUGUGAAAUGUGUUGCCAAGAUCUUGAAGCUUACUGCUCAGAGAAAGUAUUCACACAUGGCUCAAUUGACAAGCAUGGAGAACCCACACAAGGUGGCUUCUGUGAUCUCAUGGUAGCUGAUGAGCACUUCCUUUUUUGUUGGCCUGAGAAUUUGCCUAUGGAUGCUGGCGCACCCCUCCUAUGUGCUGGGAUUACUACUUAUAGCUCCAUGAGGUAUUUUGGACUUGAUAAACCUGGUAUCCAUGUUGGCAUAGUUGGCCUUGGUGGGCUUGGCCACUUAGCUGUGAAAUUUGCCAAGGCUUUUGGUGCAAAGGUGACUGUUAUCAGCACAUCUGCUAGUAAACGACAGGAAGCUAUAACAAAACUUGGUGCAGAUGCAUUCCUGGUCAGCAGUAACCCUGAGCAGAUGCAGGCUGCAGCUAGUACUAUGGAUGGUAUUCUUGAUACAGUUUCUGCAAAUCACCCAAUUGUCCAUUUAAUCAAUUUAGUGAAGCCUCUAGGGAAGUUUAUACUGCUUGGUUUACCUGAAAAGCCACCUGAGCUGCCGAUAUUUCCCAUUAUAAUGGGGAGAAAGACAAUUGCUGGUAGUGCCAAUGGAGGCCUAGAAGAAAUUCAACAGAUGAUCAAUUUUGCAGCAGAGCACAAUAUAUUUGCAGAAGUCGAGGUUAUCCCGAUAGACUAUGUCAACACAGCAAUGGAGCGACUUAAAAAAGGUGAUAUCAAAUAUCGAUUUGUCAUCGACAUUGGGAAUUCAUUGAAAUCAGCUUAAGAUGUUCACUUUUUAAAUUUUUUUAAUGAUUUUUUUGGCCGAGUUUGAGAAUAUAUUAGGAAAAAAUCUGUUCUGUCUUAAUAAUGGCUCACAGUUGACCAUCUUGUCUCCUAGAUUUCAUCUUCGUAUAUGAUGUUUUAAUGUUAAUAUGAAUUAUGUGGAUGCUUCUGCGCCUAUAUUAUAGGCCUGUUUUCGUGUAAUUUAGAGUAUUGAUAUCUCAAGGAAUCGUGGGAUUUGUGAAGUGUUUAGCCUUAUUUUUCAGUGAUUUGUGACGGAAGAUGUUUGUUUUGUCUAUAUUUAUCAGGAUCAUUUAUUUUUUUCUUCA